AGUCCCAGAGCACAGAGGGAGGGAGCAGGAUACUUCCAUCACUCCAAGGCAGAGCCAGCGGAGGGAAGCAGAACUUCUUCUCCUCUUCCUCCUCCUCUCAGAGGCCUCCCGAUAUGAACUGUGGAAGUCCUGGGCGAUGGCCCUUCUGUGGCAUGGCUCCUGCGGCCUUCCUCCUGGUUCUGUGUCUCCAGUUGCAAGGCUCAGCUUCCAGAUGCAUCGAAGGGUCGUCCGCGGAAGACCUGCAGCCCAUGCCUCCUGGGGUGCAGCGGAACUCUCUGCCCAGCGGCCUCAUGCAACCCGACGUCUCGUCAAUGGGGCGAAGGGAUUGCAUCCCUGAUGGAGGAGACACCCGCAUAGUGGGUGGCAGCCCUGCGACCUUUGGGGGACAGGCAGGGGGCUCUUCUACAACUGGCCCCAGUUCACCAGGGGCGAGCCCCUUCCAAUAUGGCAAGCCAAGCCGGCCUGGGCUGUUGGGCAAACCGGGGUCUCUAUUUGGAGGGACGCUCCCUCCUCCGUUAUGGGCACCAAAUGUGAAACCUGGCAUGGCAGGUGGCGCUACCCAGUAUGGGGGUGGUGCUGGGCCAUAUGGCUAUCGCCCUGGGUAUAACAGCCAGGGUUUCCCCCGCCCAGUGUGGAAGAGACCUGGGUUCCCAUACAUACCGACUGCUGAGGAACGGGGUGGAGGCUACAUCCCAAUACGAAACGAGCCACCUAGGCUAUAUCCGUAUGGCGGUGGUGCAGCAGCAGCAGCAGGGGCAUCAACCUACAGCGGUGGGUCCGCAGCAUACGGGCCGAGGGGCACGUAUGACGGCAGCUACGGGCCCGUCCCUGCAAGUGUGCAGCCUGGCGGACAGCGAGACAGUGGGGAUAAAGGAAACCCUUGCACAGCAAACUGUUAGGGCGAAAGGCUGGUCCACAUCCUGGGAACUUGAGGGUGGAAUGUCAGCUCAACUCUUCUGAGAGGAGUAUGUGAUCUUAGGCUGUGUUUUUGCCCCCUUCAAACUUUAGGACCCUUAAAAAAAUAAAAUAAAUUAAAACACAUUCAAAAGACAAGGUUAUGAGUCCUCCUGACCAAGGAGUUUUCAGAACCUUUGCCUAACAAAUAUGCUCCAAAUUGCCAUAGAACUACAAGAGUUUUCUACAGGAAUCAGAGAUGGAAGGGACUGUGAGGGUCAUCUAGCCCAAUGCAGGAAUCUCAA